AUUCAACCCCCUUCCUUCUUUCUUUCUUCCUUUUUUUUUGUUUUAUUUUUUUUUUUUACCCUUUACAAUCCUUUAACCAAUAUAUUCGUUUUAAUGUUUCUUCAUGAAUAUUCAAGCCCUCAUUCUUCUUCUGUCUCUUACAGCCUUGUCUGCUCUAUGUGCAGAAACGAAUGAAAACGCAACCAAAGAUAUUUUCCAAGGACAACAUCCUAUCCUACGUCGUUCAUUUACCAAUACCACCACUACGUCCUUAAAAUCAAGAACAACAUCUACUUCUAUAUCAAACAGUAAUUACAUCAACACUAGUAUCACUACAAUCACUUCACAACCUACAUCCUCUUCUGUAUGGACCUCGAUCCCUGGUCACAAUAUUACUCAAAUAUGGUGUUACAAUGUUACAAGCAUGGUACCAAAUAUUCAAUGUACUGUUACCACGAUUUAUAUUCCUCCUACCUCAUCCAUCAUCAUCCCUACAACAACAACAACAACAAUAAGGUCAAGCACAAAAGCUACUCAUUCAGAGAAAUCAAAGGCUACACAUUCUACACGUCAAUCCCAUCAUCGACCUCAUCCUCAAACUCGUCCCACAUCAAGGAAAUCAACACGAUUUUCUACUAGAACAAAAACACAUGCUCGUCAUACGUCCACUAUCACCACUGAUAAGCAUACAUCUACAAAAACGCGCCAUUCUUCUCAUCAUCCUACUGUUCGUCCUCAUCAUCUAUCUACUGGUCGUUCUCAUCAUUCAGAAAGAACAUCAUCUUAUCACUCAACUUCUCGUGCCCAUCAUUCAGAAGAAACAACAUCUCAUCACCCAACCUCUCGUGCUCAUCAUUCCGAAAAUACUUCAUCAUCAUAUCACACCACUGUCUCUUCUCAACACACUUCUAACACUCGAAAGACUUCCACAGCACACACUACACAGAAGUCGACGAGACCUCUUAUGACAAGAUCAACAACCAAAAGGGAAACACGGACAACCGCAUCAACUCGGUCAUCCUUAGCUUCAUCAUCAUCAGCUUCAUCAUUAGCUUCAUCAUUAGCUUCAUCAGCCACAGUGUCAUUAUCCUCAGCAAAAUCUACAACAACAGAAAGUACCAUUACUUCUCCUACCAUUGCACCUGCAAGCGGAACAACAGAUAAAUCUCCAACUGCCGAUACUCCUCCUACAACAACUCAUGAUAGUACAGCCACCGUUUCAAACAAUCUUUUAUCCAGCAGUACGAAUAGCAAUACAGCAUCACCCACAGUUUCUAAUGAUGUAUUAUCACCUGCAGUAGCCAACGACAUGACGAAUCGAAAUCUAGGCAUUGGACUUGGUGUAGGGAUUGGAGGAGUAGCUGCUCUAGGUUUAGCUGGCUUACUGCUUUAUAAUUAUCGCAACAAGAAUAAAACAAGUGGUACAUCAUCUUUAGCUGGUGAUGAACAAGUGAACACACGAUGGCGUACUCAAAGUUUUAUGGGUGUGGUUGCUUCGGUGGUUGCUAAACUUCCUCGAUCUGCUUCUCUACGUAGCAAGGUUUCCAACGCGUCAUCAGUCCCUAGUGGCUCCCCAGGGAUGGCAUACACAACACAAGCAUCCAUCAACGAUCAACAAGCUCUUCAUAGAAAUCCAUCCAAUGGCUCUUCCAUCAUAUCUCCUCCUCCUCCUUUAGCUCCUGUCAAUGAUCAAUUCCAUACAGAAUACCAUCAUAGUUAUUAGUUAUCUGUUUUAAAAAUUUAGAUUUCUUGUUGUCUCUUUUUUUUUUUUUAUUUUUUUACUAUCUCUAUUAUUGUGUAUUUUUUUUAUAUCUAUUUAUAUUGUAUCAAUAAACAAC